CCCAAGUUGAGAAUCUGAGCAACCUCGCCUAGCUUCCUUCUUUUUUCCACUCGAGACUUUCGUAGAAAUGGUCAGAUACGCUGCCACUCCGUCCAACCCUGCCAAGUCCUCCCUCUCCCGUGGUUCUUACCUCCGUGUUCACUUCAAGAACACCCAUGAGGUCGCCGUUGCCGUCACUGGCAUGAAGCUUUCCAAGGCUUUGACCUACCUUGGUGAUGUCCAAGAGCACAAGCAAGCCAUUCCUUUCCGUCGUUUCAACGGUGGUGUUGGCCGCACUGCUCAAGCCAAGCCUUUCAAGACCACACAAGCUCGCUGGCCCGUCAAGUCCUGCAAGUUCGUCGUUGACUUGUUGAAGAACGCUGAGAGCAACGCCGAGGCCAAGGGUCUUAGCGUCGAGGACCUUUACGUUGCCAACAUUGUUGUCAACCAGGCCCCCAAGCAGCGCCGCAGAACUUUCCGCGCUCACGGUCGUAUCAACCCUUACCUCUCCCACCCUUGCCACAUUGAGGUUGUCCUCUCCGAGAAGGGAGAGACUGUUCAGAAGGAGGACGGUAAGAAGGUUGCCAAGCUUAACGCUCGUCAACUCGCUCGUCAAUCUCGUCUCCGCGCUUAAAUAGUCUGAUAUUUGUAGAAAAGGACCAAAUUAAAAAAGUUUCAACUUAACCCAUUAGCAAAUGAUUGCAACAGACUACUUUUGAACACCAAAUUUUUAUUGUCUCUCUAUAAGAAGACUUAUUUUACAAACGUAUUUAAUGAAGUUGGGGGAAUGUGAGAGGAGCUUGCAUUAGCCAAGUUAGGUUUCUAUAUGCCAUGUAAACGUUUUGCGCGUUUUCUAUAAUAGUUGCUUGCCAACAAACUCGCAAGCCGUACCUUUUAGUCUUCAUCAAGCUUGC